GCAGUAUAGUUUCGCUGAGGGCUGCGGUCAGUUGACCGAAGCAAUCAUAUUUUAAUCAUGGGCAUCAAACACUCCAUUUGUUGGGUUCUUUGACCAAUCUUCUUUUCCCCGCAAGGUCAUUUGUUGGGUUUGGGUGUUUAUUUUUCAACGGACUAAAAACAAUCACUAGAACACAAUGAUAAGUUAUUCUUGAGGCAUUGACCUUGUACACUUUGACAUGCCAAUAUGUUUGUUCUUCUUUACUGACAAUUAUGAUCUCCAUUUGAGGUCAAUUGCAACUGGAUAGUGUACUGGCAUGUUACUUCUUGGGAAAUAUUCUUUGAAAAGAUACAUUUUCUGUAUUUUCCUACAUCUCUGUUUAGAUAUUUUCUGCUUGCUGGUGUACCUUGGUUCUCAGUGGUAUGUAGCAAUAUAAAAUUAAAUGCAGUGGUUUCCAGCACCUAUUUUGCAUCUUUGCAUGUAUUAUGUAUUGAAAACUAUCUACUAAAUGAGAACACUUGUAAAUGUUUCUUACUGCACUGUGAUAGCUUUAACUGUACAAUACAAUCAAGAUGGCACCAUGGACUUGUUGUUCGACAUGAAUAAGGAAAGCCGAAUGUGUAGGCACGUGCCAAGGUUCUUCGUCUGGCUCAUGGAAAACACUACAAAAGAACCAUUUUUCAAACUCUGCCUAUAUGAGAGGGUUGUCCAAUCGAACAUAUAAACCAUCGUAGAGUACCCGCCCAGCUGAAGGACUUGCGAGCGCUAACUCAGCUGGGCCGUUAGAUGAUUUUACUGCCAUACACUUUACCUGUCUGGCAAUUUCUACAUCGUUCCUUCUUGUUUCACCUUCGUGUGGUCUUGAAAGGUGCAUGACCAGUGGGCCUUCGUUACCUAUGGGGUCAGAGAAUAAUAUUGAUUUUGCUUUCGUUUCGGUGUGGAUGAAUUUCGUGGAGCGGUGAAAACCUAGCCCACACCCACGCGAUGAAAAAUAAUAAUCCACAAUCCUCCUCGUCUCCUCUUCACUCCCAGUUCCUGAUCUGGAGCGGGAGGGAUCGAUGCCGCUGGGAACUGGAGCGGGAGGGAUCGAUGCAGCCUCCCAGCGGCGGGGCCGCCGGCGAUGAUAGCGAAGGAAAGGGUGAAGUGGAUGGCUAGACAGGGGGGGAAGAGUGGUGGCGAGGUGGAUUGCUCGUCUAUGCUUGCUCCAUCCCCUCGCCGAUGCCAUUCCCUGGCCUGGCUGCACCCUCAUCUCACCUCCCUCCCUCCUCACCCCCAAGGGUUCCCUCCUCUCCCUUCAGCUCUCAAAACAUGGACCUGCAGGCUAAAGUUUGUCCGUGUGCUGUUGACGCUCUGGUUUUGUCUCCACAAAAGAUGACCCACACCACUUUGCAAGCAAUUGCUUCUGUCCAGUUCAGAGGAAAACCAUUGUUUAACAACGAAUAUGCAGAGGCAUUUUUAUGGAUGUGCACUUCCCCUGAAUGUGGAGAGCUAUUUAUUUCUGGUGGACUUCAAUGCGUCGACAAGUAUUCUUGGCCUCUAUGUUCGCUAUCAUGUGUAUUUAACAAUUUGGGAGGAAGCACAAAUACCAGAUUUGAUGCUUAUGCUUCCAAUUUUUUCACAUCUAGACGUACUUCUCGGCGACCUUGCCGUCUCCAACCCGUUUGCAGAAAGGACACGUGGACGCCGACGACGGACGAUCUUGAGGGCAUACUCGCGUCCCGGGGACUGAGGACAAGGGCCUACUCCUCCCCCUACCACCACUUCCUCAGCUGCCCCUGCUCCUCCACAAGCACCAUGAACACCAGGCCACCCCUGCUUUCCCACGACGGUGACCUGCGCUGGAUCCGGAUCGACGACGCACGGCGGCCUGGAUCGAGAACGUGGGUCAUCUUGCUGGAAGAGAGAAGAAAGUGCAGAUAUGGCCGCGGUGAGGCAGCGCGACUGUACACCACUGUUAUGAGGUUGUUCCAUUUCUUCAAUGACACAGGCCAUCGACUUGCUUUCUUCUCGAGCGGGAUUUGCUGCAACCUCCUGUUUGUGACACGGUGCCGCCAAAGGGUUUGCUACGGAGAUGACUGACCUUUUCAGCAAGUUCCUUCUUCGACGCUAUGUUUGAGAAGCUCGGCCUCCCUCUAACACACUAUUUUACCCAUGCUCUUGAGCAGGGCGGAUAUGCAUCAAUAAUUAAGUUUUACCCCACAAGAGCACGGCUGUGGCAUACAUCUGGACCAGUGUCGCUAUCAAGUUGCACAUGCAAAAAUGGAGCGAGUAUGAUGAAUGAUGCAGCAAAACGAGCACUUAGGUACACGGAAACUCCCCACUGCAAGGUGCUUGUCGAUUACAACUAUGCGGAGCUGCAGCAAGUAGAGAAGACCAAUGCAAGGCUAUAGCUUCAGAGGUUUAGAAAAAAAGAGAUAGAAGAACAGAAAAUUAAGAUUCGAGAACUAAGUAAGGAAUGGUCAUGAACAUGCAAAUUAUGUAGAGCUUUAUUUUGCACUGCAUAUAAUACCUAGGUGGUUCUUGGAGACAGAUCCAUUCAGAUUUAUGUGUUUCGUCUGCCAACUUAACUUGGCUCA